AUGAAGAGCUUGGCUCCCCCGGGGUCGCUGCUCGCUCCCAGCGCGGCCGGGCCGGGCCGGUGGCUGUGCCGGGGCAGAGGGCACCGCGGCCGCCGUUCUCCGCGGCUGCUGCCGAGGCCCUUCCCCGGCUGCUCCGGCGCUGCCGCGCACCGGCUGCUGCCUGGCCGGGAGCAGACAAAGGAGGAGAAACUCCCCCCCUGCGCCGUGGCGUGGGAGCACGGGGCCGCGCUGGCUGCUGCCUGUCGCCGCUGCCCGCGGCCGCACAAGGCUGCACUGUUGGGAGAAGAACAAAACCUUUGUCCUGCUUCAUCAAGGAAGCUGAGUCAGAACAGCUGCUUAGCAAAGGAUCUGAAGAGCUUUCAGAAGCAGUUAGAAAGGGAAGCAGGAAAGCCUGAGGCAAGAAAACGAGCCUUUAUUCUGAAGACCCUCAAAAUGCCUUCAGAGUACUAUUUGUUUGUGGAAGAACUUUGCAAGAACCCUGGCAUCACUUGGGUUAUGAAACUGGUAAGUGUGUGCUCUCCCAAGGAAAGCGAGAGAUGAAUGGAUGCCUUCGUUCUUCAGAGGGAGAGGAAAAUAUGCAGGAAACCCGCAGGAAGAAUUGGGCAGAGCAAGGUAACAUGGAGCAGUGCUCCUGGCCAGGUUUAUGAUCAACAUGUACCAC